CCGACGCGCGCAUGAGAACGCACUGACAUCACUGCAUUGGAGAAAUAAAUCAGACACAGCUCUGUGUCUUACUGCGAGAGAAAAUUUAUAUUUAUUUGUCUUUUAUAUUAGUAUUGCAUUAGUUGGAGUUGUUGAAGGUUUAUAGGGGCGUCAGGAUGGAGGCGACGCGAGCGUUAUGGAUUCUCAGCUGCGUUUGGAUCUCAUGGGUUCAGGGUUCGAGACUCAAGACGCCAGCGUUACCCAUCCAACCUGAGAGAGACCCGAUGAUAUCCAAAGGCUUGUCCGGCUGUUCUUUCGGUGGACGCUAUUAUUCUCUGGAAGACACAUGGCACCCGGACCUCGGCGAGCCGUUUGGAGUGAUGCACUGUGUUAUGUGUCACUGUGAGCCGCAGCAGAGGAGUCGGCGUGGGAAGGUUUUUGGGAAAGUGAGCUGCAGGAAUAUGAAGCAGGACUGUCCUGAACCAACCUGUGAUGAUCCCAUCUUGCUCCCGGGUCACUGCUGUAAAACCUGUCCAAAAGGUGACUCAGAGAGAAAAGAGGCGGAGUCUCUGUUUGAGUUCUUCCAGGAGAAAGAUGACGACCUGCACAAGUCGUACAACGACCGGUCCUACAUCACUUCUGAAGACAUGAGCAGCAGAGACAGCAAGACAGAAUUUGUGGCGUUGUUAACAUCUGUGAGGGACUCCUGGCUGCCGAGCUCAAGUGGUGUCGCACGAGCCCGGUUUACACUCACUAAAACCAGCCUGACGUUUUCCAUCACAUACCAGAGGAUGAACAGACCCAGUGUCAUCUCAUUCCUGGAUUCUGAUGGAAACACAGCGUUUGAGUUUAAAGUUCCCCGGACAGACACAAAUAUGAUCUGUGGAGUUUGGAAGAAUCUGCCAAAGUCUCACCUCCGUCAGCUGGAGGCGGAGCAACUCAUUGUAUCCAUGGCAACCGAGGAUAACAGGAAGGAGGAGCUAGAGGGCAAAAUCAUCAAACACAGAGCUCUGUUCGCAGAAACGUUCAAUGCGAUCCUCACUUCUGAAGAGAUGCAUUCUGGGAUGGGCGGCAUCGCCAUGCUCACGCUCAGUGACACGGAAAACAACCUGCAUUUCAUUCUUAUAGUUCAGGGACUCAUUCAACACGCAGAGAAACCAUCUGUGAAGGUUCCAGUGAGGGUGAAACUUUUGUACCGACAACAUCUGCUGAGAGAAAUACGAGCAAAUAUCUCUGCUGAGGACUCAGACUUUGCAGAAGUUCUGUCAGAUCUGAACAGUCGGGAACUCUUCUGGUUGUCCCGCGGGCAGCUGCAGAUUGCCGUGGAAACCGAGGGUCAAAAUCCCCGUCAGAUAUCCGGACAUAUUUCUGGAAAGACGUCAUGUGACACUCUUCAGAGUGUGAUGUCCAGCGGUUCUGCUCUGACUCCGGUGAAAACAGGCGGUGUUGGGUCGGCUGUCUUUACUCUUCAUCAGAACGGCUCUCUGGAUUAUCAGGUUCUGGUGGCCGGUCUGACCAGCGCAGUGGUCGGUGUGACGAUCGAGAUGAAGCCGCGGCGGCGCAGUAAACGCAGUGUCCUGUAUGACAUCACAGCAGAUUACUCUCCAGCGGGCGAGAAGGGCAGCGGGCGUGCGAUGGGCGCCUGCGGGCGUGUGGAAGCUCGACACAUUCACAUGCUCCUUCAGAACGAACUGUUCAUUAACAUCGCCACGUCCGAACACCUGGAGGGAGAGUUACGCGGACAGAUUCGCAUAUUGCCAUAUAACGGAUUGGACGCACGACGUCAUCAGCUUCCAGUUCCUCUCGCGGGUCAUUUCGUGUCUCCUCCGGUUCGGACGGGUGCUGGAGGUCACGCUUGGAUCUCUGUGGAUGAACAGUGUCAUCUGCACUACGAGAUCAUUGUCAACGGCCUCAGUAAGAGCGACGACGCCUCUAUAAACGCCCAUCUGCACGGAUUGGCUGAGAUCGGUGAGAUGGACGACUCGGCCACCAAUCACAAGAGACUUCUCACCGGCUUUUACGGUCAACAGGCUCAGGGUGUGUUGAAAGACUUAAGUCUUGAGUUAUUGAGACAUCUGGAUGAGGGUACAGCUUAUAUUCAGGUCAGCACCAAAAUGAACCCAAAAGGAGAAGUAAGAGGACUGAUUCAUGUUCCUAACAGCUGUGAGUUUGGCUCCCGCGGUGAGGUCGUGGAGGAGGUGGAGUUCGAUGACCUUGUGUUCGUCCGUGACCCAGCGGAGGUGAAGAAAGAUCCACACACGUGUUUCUUUGAAGGAGAAGAUCACGCACACGGCUCACAGUGGACUCCUCAAUACAACAACUGCUUCAGCUGUACCUGCCAGAAGAAGACGGUGAUCUGUGAUCCUGUGAUCUGUCCUGUGCUUUCGUGCCCUCACACUAUUCAACCUGAGGAUCAAUGCUGUCCAGUCUGUGAUGAAAAAAAAGAAGCCAAAGAGAAAGCUUUAGUAGAAAAAGUGGAUCAAUCCAAUCAAGAAGGUUGUUAUUUUGAAGGUGACCAAAAGAUGCAUGCUCCAGGAACAACAUGGCACCCCUUCGUACCUCCCUUCGGGUACAUCAAGUGUGCCGUGUGUACCUGCAAGGGUUCCACAGGUGAGGUUCACUGCGAAAAGGUGACCUGUCCGGCACUCACCUGCAGCCGACCAAUCAGACGCAACCCCUCCGACUGCUGCAAGGAGUGUCCGGUGGAGGACACGCCCCCUCUGGAUGAUGAUGAAAUGAUGCAGGCGGACGGCACGCGGCUCUGCAAGUUUGGUAAAAACUAUUAUCAGAACAGCGAGUACUGGCACCCGAGCGUGCCGCUGGUGGGAGAAAUGAAGUGCAUCACCUGCUGGUGUGAUCACGGUGUGACGAAAUGUCAGAGGAAACAGUGUCCGCUUUUGAGCUGUAAUAAUCCCAUUCGGCGGGAAGGUAAAUGCUGUCCCGAGUGCAUAGAGGACUUUAUGGAGAAGGAAGAAAUGCUGAAGAUGGCAGAGAAAAAGAAAAGCUGGAGACACUGAUGUCAUAUUUUCUGAAAGUUUGAGAGAUCAGGUCGACACGAGUCGAGUGACGGGACGCCUGCCGAAACAUACCAACCUUAACACAAGAAAUAAAGGGAGGAGCUUCAGAAGAGAAAGAGAGAGAGAGAGAGAGGAGGACGAGAGUUUGAGAGGAGAACAGAUUACAGCUGCUGGAUUUGGUUUAUUUUUGUACAGCCUUGGUGCAAAACAUCAGACGUUUGUACUGAGAUUUCACGCACAAACAUAUAAAGUUACUUCACCACAGUAAACUUGGUGACAGAUUGUAUACACAAAAGCUUUCAGCAUGACACUCAAACCUAAGCCAAUCAGAAAGACUGUUGUGAUGACGUCUGAUUGGAGAUUUGCUCUGUGGGCAAGUGGGCGUGGUCUAGACGGCGCUGUUCCGCCUACUAACGUCAGGUGUGUUUUUUUACGGUCGCCGGCAUGUAAUAGUUUAUGGUUUAACUUUUAGUAUUUUGACGGCUUUUUAUGAAUAAUGUCUGUAUUGCAUAUUUAUUAAUUAUGAUGAAUAAACA